CCCUUCUUUUCCCUCGCCCUCAUCAUUCCCCACAUCCUGCCACGCCAUGUCGGUCACCACCUCUGAUGCAGACUUCCAGGCCGACCCACGGAUUGCCAACCUGGCGGCCUUCCUCGCAAUCCGCACUGUCUCUGGCGAGGGCCCUGCUGGCUCGUAUGCCGAGGCGGUGGCCUUCCUCUCGGGCAUCUGUGCCGAGCUGGGUCUCACGACAUCCGUAUCUGAGCCUGUUGCCAAUAAGCCGAUUUUGAUUGCCCGUUGGCCGGGAACCGACCCCAACCUCCGGGCAAUCCUCCUCAACAGUCACUAUGACGUGGUGCCUGCCUUCCCGGAAAAGUGGACCGAGACCGGGGGCGAUCCCUUUCGGCCGCUCAUCAAGGAAGGGCGCCUGUAUGGCCGCGGUGCGCAGGACAUGAAGUCCGUGUGCAUUCAGUAUCUCGAGGCCAUUCGAGCCAUUCAGCGGGCCCGCAAAUCGCAGGUGUCUCCCUUUCCCCGGGACGUGGUCUUGACUUUCGUGCCGGACGAGGAGGUCGGCGGUGCCGAGGGCAUGGGAGCCUUUAUGCAGACGCCGGACUUCCGGGCCCUGCGCCUGGCCAUGGCGCUAGAUGAGGGCCUGGCCUCGGAAACCAACAGCUUCGAUGUGUUCUAUGGCGAGCGGGCGGUAUGGUGGCUGACAGUGCGCGCGCGCGACGGCCCCACCGGCCAUGGCAGCCGGUUCGUCAACAACACCGCCACGGAGCGCCUGAUCAACUUCAUCAACAACGCCUUUGCCUUCCGGGCCCAGCAGGAAGAGAAGUUCCAUGCCGGCGGUUGCAAACACUCAGUGGCCGCCGCUCUGGGUGAUGUCCUGACCCUCAACCUGACCAUGCUCAAGUCCGGUGUUCCCGGGCCGGCGCCAAUGGGUGGCUACGCCCUCAAUGUCAUCCCCAUGGAGGCCGAAGCCGGCUUUGAUGUGCGCAUCCCCCCGGCCAUCCCCAUGGCCGAGGUCGAGGCACUGCUCCAGCGCUGGACCGAGAUGGAGCGCUACGCCGAGCGAGCCGACUCGCCGACUUUCGAAUUCAACUUCCACGUCAAAACCCCGGAGCACUAUGUGAGCCAGGCCUCCGAGGACAAUGUCUGGUGGCGAACCUUGCGCCAGAGCGUCGAGGUGGACCAUGGGGUGCCCUUGGCGCCGGCGGUCUUCCCGGCGGCCACCGAUGGCCGGUACCUCCGGUCGCUGGGUCUGGACGUUUUCGGCUUCUCGCCCAUUCGCAACACCCCGGUCCGGCUGCACGACCACAAUGAGUUUGUCUUCUGCCAGGGGUUCCUCGAGGGAGUAGCCUGCUAUGAGGGGGUGAUUGCUGCCCUGGCACCGGUUCCGGCCAAUGAGCGCGACACUCACCAGGACAAUGCCCCCUCGACUGCCUGACGGUGUGAGCAGACGGGGACCCCCUCAACGGGCCUGGGGCAAGCUGAUGCACAUACCAUUCCCAAUGUGAUCGCCGGCGUUAAGUCUUCUUUCUUCUCCUCUUCUUCUUCUUCCCUUUCCCGGUCCACACAGGGGAGCAGCUGCACUUGGUGUCGAGAAUCUAUUUGUGAGAGGGGGUGACAUGCACACAGGGGGAGAGAGGAGGAGAUGGGAAAGGAGGAGAUGGGCUGCGGGCACGGCGCUCGCGAGGGAGGAAGGAAGCCGGGGAGGGGAUGUCCCCAGCCCGAGAGACGAGCGCCGACACGCGGCCUGCCGGCCCCCCCCCCCCUGCCCUUGUGGAGAAGAGCCAACAGAGGAGAGGGAGGCGCGGAAUCCGGCCUCCAGGAGAGAUCGGUCGCCAGGUUGGCAUGUGCAUUUAGGAGGCCUCAGACACGUCGGCAUCCCCGGCACCAGUCUCGCCGUUGGAGUUGGUGAUCAGCUGGUUCAGCUCAAGCUUCACGCGCAUGGCCUUCUCCCGGAGGACCUUGAUGGAUUCCUGGACGAGGACAGCCGAGGGCAGCAUACCGACAGACUCCACCGAGACUGCGGGGAGGAGUGCAUUGGUGUGCACAACCACCCGGCCCCCAAUGGAAGAGAGGGCGACAAGGCCAGAGAACCGUGACGGAGUCAGCGAUGGCCGGGAUUCCGGGCGAAAUGAAAAGGACAUCAUCGAAAGCAAAGACGGAUCAAAGGAAUGGAGGGCGGGAGGCCGAAAGGCCGGUGACUGGCGCACAAAUAAAGUGGUCCCGCACGCGC